AUGAAAAAUAAUCUUUUAACAACUUUAUUGAUAGUCAUUUUAAUUUUAUCGCAAAUAAAUUCUAUUAUUAUAUUUGAAGAAAAACAAACGGAAAACCCAAGGUCACCUCGCGUUUAUACCAGGUGGAUAAAAAAUCACGGAUUUGAACUUCUUGGAACAAUUAUAGGCUUUAUAAUAUUGACCAUAUAUUACUUAUAUUUAAGACGAAAUAAUAAGAAGACACUUUGGCAAGUUGCUUCAGAAAAAGUACAAAAUUUUUUUAAGGAGAAUGAGCAGAACGUUUCUGAGGAAGAUACUGAGCCAAAUUAUGCAGAAAUUUAUAAUGGUGCCCUUAUUAUUACAAAAUUUGUGAUAGGAAUUAUUUUUGCUAGUGGAGAUGCAAAUACCGUUGAUAAUAUUUUUAUUACAAGGUACCCAAUUUCCGAACUAAUUUAA